AUGGUCUUCAACACAUUCAUCAUGAAGGUCCGACGGACACUGCUCUGCUGCAACGAGCACAAGCAACUGGACAUCGGCUCCCCUACCAACGUCCGCAAAGUCUCCAUCUCCUCGGCCCUCCCCAACCUCACCGACUCCCAACGCAAAUUCCUCCGCGAAAAAGCCUCCAGCGACACCAUCCGCCUACUCAGUAUCCCCCACACCUCACCGCCCUCGCCCACAGGAUCACAUACCCCAACACACUCCACGCCCCGGACAUCCCACGAACCCUCGUCCCCCCUGCUAAACGCCGCCUCCAAAGACCUGCCCAGCAUCCUCCCAACACCGCCCCGCCACAAGCACGCCGACUCCUCUCCGCCCGCCGCGCGCAUGCCGGGCAUGAAACACACGUCCCGCUCCCGCUCUCCCGCGCGCAGACUCAGUUUCAGCAGCGCGAGCAGCCAGACGACGGAGCAUUCCGCGCUGUUCGACCGCCUGCCGCCGCGCGGGCGCGAGAGCAUGAUGACGCUGAAUCUCGAGUUUGCGUGGGAGGCUGGGGUCGAGACGCCGCGGACGAUGAGCUUGAGCGAGGGGUUUCGCGAGGUCAAGACUGUUGGGGGCGCGGAGCGCACGGCGGUUGGACAGCGUGGAGUGCGGGGGGAGGAAUUUGGCAAGGGCGGGGAUGGGGCUAGUGAUAGCGAGGAGGAGUUUGGGGUGGGCGAGAGGAGUCCGUUUGUGAAGAUUUGA